AUGGAUUCAACACCCCGACAGAUCUUCCAGACAGCCAACAACGUAUACGUCUUUCAGCAGCCUUGGCAGUUUGUCAAGGAGCUCGGGCAAGGCGCGUAUGGUUGUGUCGCGUCGGCACGCCACGCGCACUCCAACGAGACGUGUGCCGUCAAAAAGGUCACAAACGUCUUCACCAAGAAGAUCCUCACCAAGCGGUGCCUCCGCGAGCUCCUUCUGCUGCACCACUUCCGGGGCCACAAGAACAUCACUUGCCUCUAUGACAUGGACAUUGUGUUCGACCCGCCGGGAUCCGGCAUGUUCAACGAGGUCUACCUGUACGAGGAGCUAAUGGAGGCGGACCUGCACGCGAUUAUCCGUUCUAAGCAGUCGCUCUCCGACGCCCACUUCCAGAGCUUUAUUUACCAGACGCUGUGCGGGUUAAAGUACAUUCACUCAGCCAACGUACUCCAUCGCGACCUCAAGCCUGGAAACCUCCUCGUCAACGCCGACUGCGAGCUCAAGAUCUGCGACUUUGGCCUCGCCCGUGGCUUCCAGCCAGGCGCCUCCGGCGACGACGAGCAAGAGGCGCCGGCCUACAUGACUGAGUACGUUGCGACUCGCUGGUACCGCGCGCCUGAGAUCAUGCUAAGCUUUGCCAAAUACAACCAGAGCAUCGACAUGUGGUCCGUAGGCUGUAUCCUCGCCGAGCUGCUCGGCGGUGAGCCCAUCUUCAAGGGCACCGACUACAUUAACCAGCUCAGCCUCAUCCUCAACUGCCUCGGCACUCCGACCGAGGAGACUCUCAACCGUGUCGCCUCGGCCAGUGCCCAGAAAUACAUACGCUCGUUGCCCAUUAUGGCCCGUGUCAGGUUCCGGAAACUGUACCCCCGCGCAUCAGAUGCUGCAAUCGACCUAUUGGAAAAGCUGCUCUCGUUCGACCCCACGAACCGACCGGACUGUGCUCAGGCGCUCGGGCAUCCUUAUCUCGCCGUGUGGCACGACAGCUCCGAAGAGCCGACAUGCGAGGUGCCGUUCGACUUCUCGUUCGAGAUGGAAGACUCGACAAACGGGAUGCGCAACCUGAUUGUCAACGAGGUUAAACGGUUCCGGGCCGACGUGCGCCAGCCUAUCGCGCCGCUGCCCCCGGCCCCGGCUCCGCACCACGCCCUUCCAGCUGCCCCCGCUGCACCGCAGACUGAUGGCGCGGGCGUCGGACCAGCCUUCUCUGAGACGGCCAACAUGAACCAGGACAGAGAUGAGCACCCAAACUCGGCGCUCGAGCGUGAGCUGGCGGGUGGCAUCCACGCAUAA